CGUACAACCAAGACACGCGCUUUUCGCUCUCAAGGGACAGAGCGAUAAAGUGAUAAUUGGAAGGGUACAAGAUCGCUUGCAACCGUGAUCGAAUGUUUUAAGCUACCGAGGGGAGUUUAAGUUCCUCAAGUUUGUUGAGAACCAUCGUGCCAGAGUUUAAAUGAUCUAAAGUUGAUUAAAUUUGCACGAGAACGAUCAUUAGAAGAUUCAAAAUCGUCGAUGGCACAUCGAAAGAGUCUAAAUGAUUAAAAGAGACCGAAUUAAAUAUAAUAUCGAGGCGAGUACAUCCUUAAUACAGUGACAUUCAUUUAUCCGAAGAAUCCUGAAAUUCGGAAUGUUCCAAAAAUCGCCAACAUGUUCAGGCUGGAAUCCGCCGAUGAUUUAAUUCUCCAAGAGAUUGACAGAAUCGUACGAGAGCGCUGGAGAAUAAUAGAACGUACGACGAGAUAUGGCUGGUUAAUUUCGUGUUAUCAAGGUUCAUCGAUUUCGCGCGAAGAAGCGACGCUUCUUUCAUCGCUCGCUAUCAAAAUUGGACACGAAAAUUGCAAAAGAGCUUCCGAUGAAAUUCGGAAGGCUUGUCACGAUGUGCAUCCGCACUGUGUACCAAAAAUAGCGAUUGCGAUUUUGGAUGAAAUGUAUACCGUGGUGAUCUUCCGGAAACGUGGUAGAGAAUCAAAAUGGCAGAACAUCCUGUUGAGAGACUCGCCACCAACAGUAUUUACAAUAUCUAACGCUAUAUUUUGAAAAAUUCGUUAUGCAAAGAAUUAUCAAUGAAACUACUGUUACUACGGAAAUAUAAACAAUAAAUGAACAUUUUUUUU